GGUUGAAAAGCCUAGAGUAAUAUCCGAUAGGAGUGUCUGUGUUCUUUGGUUGUUGGUCUAAGGUGAUCGGAUUUAUUUCGAGAACCUCGGGUCGACCAUCAGGGAACAUCGACCGUGUCAUUUCCGGUUAUCUACGAUCGGGGGUGUCACAAAGGUGGUAUCAGAGCAUGGUUAUACGAUGCUUGAAUGGGACUUGUUUCAAAUAAUUUUCGAGUCGAAAAUGUGUCGCAAGGAUAAUUAGGAUAUGCUGGUUUGUUCCUUCUUUUAGAAAUAGAUAGACCUGGGUAGAAACUUACCAUGAUCUUUCGUUGCAGAUGCCACCGAGAAGAGCACUCUUUGGACGCCGUGGAGGUCCAAACCUCCCAAUUUCGAUUUCAUCAUCUUCAGACUCUUCGCCGCCAUCUACUCCGACACCACUUCCGACUGCUAGCUUUGAUGCUACACCUUCGGGAUCUAGCUUUGAGACUGACCCGUCUGAAGGGUCAUAUAAUCAGACACCUGUGCACAUGCCAUUGUCUCCAGACCCGUAUUUUAUGGACAUCGAGGUGGAUGUGGUACACGAUAGUCCAGUGCACGGAGAUCAUUACGCAGCUCCUGCAUCUCCUGCCGCUCAUAUUCCACCGGCCCCUGCCGCACCUAUUCCGGCAGCACAACCUCAACCAGCGCCAACUGAUCCAGCUAUAAUAGCACUUCUAGAACUGAUGGCUGAGAUGGUGAAUUUGCAACAUCAAGCAUUGAAUGCACAGCGUGAAGCACAGCGUACUCAGCCAGCUCCAGUACCUACCACUUCUCAUCCGGACUUUCUGAAGAUAGUCAUGAUUAUGAAGAACUUGGGGACGAAGCGUUACCAGGGAGGUACUGAUCCCUUUGAAGCUGAUGCAUGGCUGCACAAUCUCGAGCAGAACUUUGCUGCAACCCGUUGUCCGGUAGAAUUCAAGAAGGACGUGGCUGUUUACUAUCUGGAGAAGGACGCCAUCAGUUGGUGGUUAUGCGUAGAGAGGAACUUUGGAGACUUCAAUCUGAGUUGGGCUGACUUCCGUACAGCGUUCGUUCGAAAGUACUUCCCACCGGAAGCCCGUGAUCGAUUGGAGAUUAAAUUCAUGGAGCUAGUUCAGGGAGGAUUAUCUGUUAGGAAGUAUGAGGCAGAGUUCACCCGUCUCAGGAAAUAUGUCCACUAUGGUCGAGAGGACGAGAUGAUGAUUAUCCGUAAGUUCCUUCGAGGACUUAACCCAUAUAUCAGGAGCAGACUUGAGGCAGUAGAGUUUCAUAGGCUUGCUGAUCUUGUUGAGCGUGCUGUGAACGUGGAGGAGGCCAUUGCUGCUGAGAGAGCUUCUUCUAGCCAUUCUGCACAACCUAGACGUCCAUCCGUUCAAAGUCAGCCUCAGCCACAUUCUCCUAUGCCGCGAGGACGGGGAGGUAGAGCUUUUCGGGGAGGUCGAUCUGGAGAUCCUAGACCUAGAACCCCAACUUGUUUCACUUGUGGCCAGCUGGGCCAUGUUAGGAGAGAUUGUCCGACCGUGGGACAGUUCCAACCGGCUGUACCAUCUCACAUCACUUGUUUCACGUGUGGAGAGCGAGGACAUUACGCGACAUCAUGUCCACACACUCAUCUUGCUCAGCCUGUUGUUACGAGUGCUCAACCCGUUGUACCAGUUAACCCACCUUUACCCUUACCUCCUGCUAAGCGUCAAGCCACUGCUGGUAGGGCUUAUGCUUUAGAGUUACCAGGACCAUCCGGACCACCUCAGGGUCCGAUUUCAGGUUUGUUUUCCUAACCAAUUGAGUGUUGCAUAAUUUUUAAAUGAUUGGUAAAUUGGUGAUAUAAAUAAAAAAUAGUAUAAAGUUGUUGAGUAAGUAAUUGAAGGGAAAGUCAAUUAUUGUCAGCGACUUUGCUUGUGGGUGGAAUAUCCGCCCACAUCCUUUUCGAUUUGGGAGCAACACAUAGUUUUGUAGCUCCCGAAGUAGCAUCAUGAUUCGAUGGAGAAUUCACUAAGGUGAAUUUAUCCAUUCCCGUUCUCCUGGAGAUCAAGUUCUUGAAACUGAAGGUGAUUGGCUGUCAAGUUACCGAGCUAACCUUGAUUGUGGUCGAAGGAAGAUUGUUUUCGAGAGAGAUACCCAACCCCCUUUAGCUUACCAUGGCAUAGUACCAAGUGUUGGAGCGUCAUUAGUGUUAGCACUGAGAAUUGAAAACCUUUUGGAGAAGGGUGAAGAAGUAUACUUAGUGACCUUAGUUGUUGGACCAGUAGAAGACGAGAAAGAGCAGAACAUGGAAGAAAUACCAGUAGUCAGAGAAUAUGAGGACGUGUUUAAGGCAUUAGAGGGAUUGUCGCCGUCUAGGAGUAACGCCUUUAGUAUAACCUUAGAACCCGGAUCCGCUGCAAUAGCAAAGGCACCAUACCGAAUUGUCGCUAGAGUUGGAGAACUAGCCUAUAGACUAGAACUUCCACCUGAUAUGCCUAUGCAUCCGGUAUUUCAUGUAUCGAUGCUAUGUAAGCAUAUACCAGAUCCGAAUAUGGUCGAGCCGCAGCGACCAGAGAACUUGCAACCUAACCUCACCUAUCCUGAAGGUCCUUUGCGAAUAGGCGAACAUCGUUUCAAUAAAUAGAAGAAUAGGGAAAUUUCGCAAGUUUAAGUAUUUUGGGAAAAGUGACAGAGAGUUGUUAUAACAUGGAAGGAUGAAGAUAAGUUCCGAGCUGAUUACCUAGAACUCUUCUCAGAUACCCCAGUCGUCCAGUAAAAGGUGUACACUUGUAUUUUGAGAAUUCGGGACGAAUUCUUUUAAGGGGGGAAGAGUGUAAUAACCCUCACGAGCCAAUAAAUUUUUGGUAGAGAAAAAUCCCGCUCAACCAGUUUUUAGUUGGUUCGACCAUGAUUAAUAAAAAUAAAAAUCGACCCGGUAGAUUAAUUUCUCGACGGGACUGUCUUGUGGUUGAAAGACCUUCACUUGAUAGUUUGGUCGAGUCUUAAAUAUUUUGGUCGAAUUUUUAUUAAACUGGAAGAGAUUUUCCGAGAACAAGACGAGAGCCAAAGACAAGGAAUAUUUAGUUAAAAAUUAUUGGAAAUUAUCAACCAACUGCUACAAGUAAUUUUGGACCAGACUCAUGUCUUCCACCAGCCUGCUUGCUCAGUCUUUAAUCACAUGACUUGCACCUGCCUGCUUGCUUAGCUUCUUCAGUAAAUGGCACAUGACAAUCACAAGCUGCCUGUGUGCUUGCUUCCUCCUUUAAUUAUUUAUGAUUGGCUGGAAACUACUUCAUGGGAGGGAAAGGACAGUAUGGUGUAGAUGAUGAAACAGGUUGCCAGCUGUCUGCUCUCAGCCAAGCUUUGUUAUGAGCUAAACCCUCAGGUGAAGCAACCACAGCUUGUAUUUAACCCUCCUCCAGCUGCUUCCCACGUUCUGAAACCUACAGAAAAACCUAGAGAAUUUCAGAGAGAAAGAGAGAAAGAAGAACAGAAAAAUCAGUGAGAAAAUUAGGAAAAUAAAUCAAGAAACAAUUCUUGGUGAUCUAAUCUUCAACCCUAGACCAGUCUGUUGCUUUGAGAAAGAUCAGAAGGUGAGAUUUUAAAAUAAAAACCUAGACCUAGUUCAGUUCAGAUCAUGAUCAGGCCUUGAUCUUUCUCUUUGAUCAGUUCAGCUGCAAGCUUACCAUGGAGAAGAGGAUCAGCUGAGGCCAUCUAGUCCUUUAGUUCAUCUUGGUAAGCUUUGGUCUCCUAGCCUCAGUCAGUAUCUGAUCAGAACAGUUCAUGGCUACCUUAGAUCUUGGUCGGAUCAGUUGUAUAAGUUAUGAUACAGUUCAGUUCUUGUUUAGUUUCGGUUUGAAUCCAUCUCCUAAAACAGUUUGCUAAGCUGUUAUGGAUUGAUUGGAGAAACGAAACUAAACUCAGUCUGAUCUUGUCUUGAACUGUUGUUAACUGAAUAGAACUGAACUGAUCUGAUCUGGUAUGAAAGGAACCGAGCUUGAACUGAUUUGAUUUAAGUUGUUUAGCUUGAACCGAACUGUCGGAUUGUUGAUGUUCUGAACCCAACCUUACCCUGUUUUGAUCAGCUAAGGUGUGGAGCUUUGCUAGUCCCAUCCUAUCCAUUCAGUCUCUUGGUCCAUUCAGCUUUGUUCAAGAGGAACUUAAGUCUUGUCCAAGCCAGUUUCAAGACUGUUCUUUAGGUGAGUCUAGACAGAUGUUGAGAUAGAUCAUGAAUGAGUCCUUGAUUAAGUUAGUAAAGUGUCUGAAUAUUUAAGAAUUGUGUUGUGUUUACUCAUGGUAAACACUUACACUUAAUGAAUAAUUUUAAAGUGAGGUUAAUCCUAAUCUUAGUACUUGUUCUCAAGUACUAAUCUUAACUAUGAAAUAAUCAUGGUUUUGAUUAUGGAUUAAUCAUGGUUUAAUUAAGAAUUAAUCUUGGUUUAAUUGAAAAUUAAUCUGAGAUUAAUUGAGUACUAAUCUUGGAUUAAUUAAGUACUAAUCUUGGAUUAAUUAAGGAU